AUGGCUUCCCUCCAAAUCUCCAACUCGGAAACCCAAAUUCCUGCCCAGCUUCUCAUAGCUCGCAUUACACAACUUCAUUCAAGCAUUUCCAAACUUGACUCUCUUCGACCUUCAAAGCAAGUCAAUGCCCUUUUCUCUCAGCUGGUCAAAUUAUGCACUCUUCCAUGUGACAUAGAUAUCAUGGACUUGUCCAAAGAAGCCCAAGCUAUGCGUGAGAGUCUCAUCAAUCUUUGCGGCCGAGCCGAGGGCUUUUUGGAGCUUGAAUUCGCCACACUCCUUGUGAAUGUUCCUCAACCUCUAAACAAUCUCAAUCUCUUCCCUUACUAUGGCAACUAUGUUCUCCUAGCCAACUUGGAGCACAAGAUUCUCCUUGACAAUGGGGUGGUGCAUCCACACAAGGUAGCCUUUGUUGGGUCGGGGCCAAUGCCUCUCACUUCCAUGAUAAUGGCUACUCAUCACCUGAAAUCCACUCAUUUCGACAACUUUGACAUUGAUGAGAAGGCGAAUGAUGUGGCUCGAAAAAUUGUUGCUUCGGACGCUGAGCUGGCAAAGAGGAUGAAGUUUGAGACACAUGAUGUAAUGAAACUUAGAGAGAGGCUUGGAGAAUAUGACUGCAUAUUUUUGGCUGCCUUGGUGGGCAUGAAAAAGGAAGAGAAGAUAAAGAUUCUUGGGCAUAUUGGGAAGUACAUGAAGGAGGGAAGCGUUUUGCUUGUGAGGAGUGCAAAAGGGGCAAGAGCAUUUUUAUACCCUGUUGUUGAGGAGCAUGACUUGCUGGGAUUUGAGCUUCUUACAAUCUUCCAUCCAAAUAAUGAAGUUGUCAACUCGGUUGUUCUUGUGCGCAAGCCUACCUUCUAG